GAUUGUCACGUUCCGCACAGUCUUGACAAGGGUGCGUCCACACAUGCGUGCACGGUGAGCGAACGAAUCGCCAGCGUGCAAAAUCUGUGCGAGGUCCGGCUUCAAAAGCUAAACUAAUUUAGGAGAAAACCGCGUUCCCGCGUCGAACGCAGCAUCGCAAAGAUGAGUCAACGUCACUGGGAUAGGUUCGAGCUCCGCGUCGAGUACGUGCACUCGAACGCUUUUGAGGCCGUCGAGAAUUUCAUGGAUCUGGGCCGGCAGAAUCUCAUUUCGGAGUUCGCAAUCAGAUGCGACGACUGCGGGACGAUGCUCCCGUUUUCUGUCAUCGAUCCGGGCUCGUACGCCGGACUUCCGUGGAAUUGCAGAACAAUCGGAAAACGCUGUCCUGACACUCCCAUGAUUUAUUUAGAGCCCGCAGCAUUCGCUGAUAGCUUCGCGCCGGGGAGUUUUGUCUUAGCGCCGAUGAAUAUUCCAAAAUCACCGCGUGAAACGCAACACUUGUGGCCGGCGAUGAUCGACUACUGCCCGAACGAGAAUUCCGAAUUUUGUAAGCUCGGAUCGAAUGGUAAACCAACUGCGUAUUUUGCCACAUUCGUCACCCACGGUGAGAAGCACUACGGUGGAUGGUUCGAAGACGGCGCACUACAAGCCCUCGAUGGCCGGAGAGCAGAGUACUUCACCGGCAGUUCGGAUUUCGAGCGAGCGAUCCAGGAAUGCCGCAAUAACUGCCAGCAUUCUCUUCCGAGUCGUUUGGAACGCUUUUCAUUCGCGGCUCACGUGAAAGCCGAGGUGGACAAGCAAAGGGGCCUUGAUGCGGAAACAUGGAUAGAGUGCGAGACCUGGCGCAAUAACUGCAGAGUCGAACUCCGUCGCGCCGAGGAAGAAUUUAUCGCCGAUAGGGAGAGAGAGGAAGGUCUAGGAGAAUGUCGCAUCUGGCCUUCGGCUGCUUGCAAAAUUGUCUACUUAACGUCGCGAAUGCAAUUGAUUCGAGAGGCAGAAGCCGGGCGCAAAGAAUCCCGUCUCACUGCGAAUCAGGCCGGCCUCUGGGACUGGAACAAUGAUCCCUUCCAAGAAGUUCGCGAUCCAGACGAACCGGCGUCAGAGAAGACCCAAUCAUCUCGGAAAAGGAGCGCGUCAUCGGCCGAAGAGUACCCCGCAGGGCCGACUCCGAAAAAAGCCCGUUGUAAAGCCUGUGAUGGUCGUAGUAUUCACCCGACACAGUACCCUUAAAACUCUGUUGAUUCUUUCUGAUAUCUUAGCGGGAACCGAGUCAUCCUGCCCUUGUGAUGAAUUCCUUCAAACUGAGGCUUUCGAGAACUCUAAGCGGAACAGACAGAAAAUUCAAGAUCAUUUUUGUGCAUAUCAUUUUACGUAAUUUCUAGAGCUAUAAAAAAGACGGUGUAAUUCGUCGAGCU